GGAAUUGCGCCGCCAGACCCAGGCUGCCCAGGCUGCCCAGGCGGGGGAUCAUGGGGCUGGAGAAAGAGAAAAUGGACACCAAAAUCUUCAUGGAUGAGGACGGCUUCAAUCGGAGCAAUAGUCCCGCGCCGUCGGAGACUGACAACAAUCUGGAGAAAGCGCCCGACCGGGACCCGCACGGGCUUAACAGCCACCUGAAGCUGGGGUUUGAGGACGUGAUAGCGGAGCCUACAUCCACUCACUCCUUCGAUAAAGUCUGGGUCUGCAGCCAUGCUGUCUUUGAGUUCAGCAAGUAUCUGAUAUAUAAGCUCCUUACGCUUUUCCUUGCCAUUCCCUUGGCUCUGGUUGCAGGUAUUCUCUUUGCUGUGCUCAGUUGCCUGCACAUCUGGGUUGUGGUGCCAUUCAUAAAGUCUUGCCUUUUGAUCUUGCCGUCCGUGCAAGCUGUAUGGAAGAGCUUGACAGAUGUUUUCAUUGCACCAGUGUGUCACAGCAUGGGACGUUGCUUUUCAGGAAUCAACAUACGUCUUGACCAAGAGUGAACACUUUGGAUCCAAUGCUAUUUUAGUCUUAAGUUCUAUUAAAGUCUCCUUAUUGGUAUAAUAUAGAGACACGUAAGCAUUCAUUCCAAAGCUACUGCUGUUUAAAGGGCUGACCUUUCCUCCCUUCAGCUGGGUUGCACUUUUUAUGGGGGAAAAAGCUUUAUUUGGGGACAGAAAAGAUACUAGCUUAUAUUGUAACUAAGAGAUAACAAGUGACAUUUAACAAUGUUAAGGUAAUGGUACUUCUAAUACUUGGUUUCCAUAAAUGUGUUGUGGAUAACUAAGAGAGGUCAUCAUGAGGUGUAUCAAUCAAAUGUUUAUUGUAUCACUCAAAUUUCCUGGAAGUCAUGCUACCAAUAAAUUAGGCCUAUUUAUUGAUGUUAGGUUAUACAGCUCUUAGAAAUAAGAACAGAAUAUAAAAGAUUACUUUUGAAGAGUUUUCUUAUCUGAAUUCUGCUGGUUAGCUUUUCUAGCCACAUAAACAGCUAGCUUUGUUUGUUUAUAGAUUCUAUAAUCUAUCAGCUUCUUGAACUGUAUAACCUCUUAGUAUACAGGU